AUGGAUGAAACAGACUUUUCAGAUGACAAGAUUGACACACAGCAGGAGGAUGCUCCUAAUGAUGGGGGCAUCCCCUCAAACAAUGACGUUCUCGAGGUCUCCGAUCAGGUUAUCUUCACAGUAGACCCUCAGGGAAAAGUUGUACAACAAAAGACUCAUAGAAAUGCAGAUACGCCCAUACUUCCGGAUCAAAUGACUGAAAAUGCUGCCCACACAAAAGACAAUGGAGAGAAACAAUGCACUAUAAUUCUUCACAUUCCACCCAGAAAAGAGAAAACUUCAAAGUCGAACAUUUCUGAAAUUUUACUCAAUCAUCUUUCCAAAGAGGAAUUCUUAAAAGGGCCAGGCAUUGAUGGUGAAACUUUCCCAGAGAUCACCAAUGCUGAUAAUUUGGAAGAAGCUGUUAUUAAAAAUGUUAUUUUGUGCUAUGUUAAGAAUUCUUGGUCCAACGAACAAAGCCCAGAACACGACGAGCAACUCAAUCCCCAAGGGGAUGGUGAAGACCACGGGAAGCCCAGAUGUCCUCCAAUCACAGCAGAAGGAAACCUCUCCGACUUCAAAGAGCCCGUGGUUGCUGGACGGAGCAGCAUUCAAGGGAAUGUAAAGUCUCCAGCUACAACAGAGAGUCCAAAUGCCAAUCAGAAAACUGUCCAAGGGCUGACACCCCAGAAACAGCAGUCAGAAAAAUCAAGUUCUGGGAACGGGUUCAAGUGUGGCCAAGGUCAAGUUCAUUAUCGGCUCCCUGAUUUCUCGAAAGUUGCUCCCAGAGUGAAAAUCCCUAAAAAGAACAUAUUCAACAAGCCACUGACCGUAUCUAAGCAAACUGUGUCUUCUCUGACUUUGAAAGAUAAGCCAUCUUUUGUGCAAGAUCUUUUCGAAAGUAUGCCUACCUCAAAAUGUGUAGAAAAACAACAUCAAGCGAGGGAGAGGGAAAUUGUUGGGCCUUCACAACAAGCGCAGGUGGGGCCUACAGCACCUAUCCACCAAGACCACCUCACAGGAGUAGAAUCGGAGACAGCGCUCUCUAAAUUGUCAUCAACCUCUCAGGAAGGCUCGUCCUCCAGCUCCUACAUAUUUCAAAAGAUAUCAAAAGGGAAACAGAUGUGUCAGAAGCUAAAAGAAGAGACGGAACAACUGGAGGCGAAAGUUCAUGAUUUCUCUAAAAGAAUCACACAGGAUUCUUCUUAUUCGUCAAACAGGAGACCGGUCCUGGAGAAACUGCAGGGACAUCUGGAACUGCUGGAGCAGGAGUUUCUGGCCACCAAGGAGAAGCAUCUGACUUGGCAGCAGCAAAGCUACAAGCACAAAUCUCCGGCUGUCGGUGACUUUGAUCCAGAAAGGAAAGUGGAAGGGGAAAUCUUCAAGUUGGAGAUGCUACUUGAAGGUGUUAAAGAGAAAACCGAUGAGCACAAAUAUACCUCACCUCCCUCUCUUCCUGCGGGCUCUCCCAUCAUCCUGGAUGACUUGUUAUGCACAUCUCCUCCACCCUCAAAUGAGAUUCCCAAGGAUCACCCUGGCUACCCUCCUGCGCUUCCAGGCACACGUCGAAGUGAGGGGACAGGGGUGGCCAAGCCAGGCCUUUCGGAGGAGCUUGGCAAGCUGGACCUUCAGAGUUCCGUCGACUGGCUGAUCAGUGAUGUGGCUGCCCAGGACCUGCCGGAUCAAACGCCCACCCGGUUGUCUUCUGUCUCCAGGGAGGAGCCCAGCCGCGCCGCAGGAGGGCAGGAGCGCGCGGAAACCACCCCGGCGGCGCCGCCAAGCCCCAGCUGUGCCUUCUGUCACCGGGCCCUUGAACGGAGGCAAAAGAUGGAGAGACGAGGCCACCGCAGGAUCCACAGCGGAAGGUUUUCCAUCAUCAUUCGGGAAAACCCCUUGCACCUGUGUUCCAGCUGCAGUUCGGAUGCAGGAGACAGCUCCUGUUCUGACUCCGGCAUGGGGCUGCAGAGAAAUAAAUGUGAGAACUGUGGCGCCAACACUCCUCCCUCCCGAAGAGUCAGCCGUGAAGCCCCGCCUAAAGCCUAUUCAAAACUCACAGGGAUCAAUUCCCAGAGAACAGACGUGAAGUUCCCUCAGGAUGAACAUGAACCCACGCCAGAGAACAGGGAUCUGCAGGUGCUGCCCUCCUACCGCGCAGAGGAGCCUGCACCCUCGCCCUGCGCCCAGGACUGGAGGGGUUACGGCAGCAAAUCCUUCUGCGACUUUCAGAGGGUUGACAAAAUGGAAUUUGAGACCCUAAACUCAGCUCUGGAUCACGCUCUCCGGACGGCCACCGUUCUGAAAAAAACUACGGAUCAGAUGAUCAAGUCGAUUGCAGAAGACCUUGACAAAGUGCGCAGGCAGAGGAUACGCCUCCAAUACUAGUUCAACGCCAGGCAGCCGAGGUAGAAAGAGAAAAAACACAAAGAAAACUUGAUCUUCUGAAAGGGAGGUGGGAAGGAGGGUGGAUUUCAUUUUCACUUACUACACAAUUUCUGAAAACGACUUCCCAGAAAAAGAACACCAACUUUGUAAGGAAUGUGUAAUGCAAGUGCUUUAAUGGGAAAAAUAAUGUAUCUUUCAUUUUUCAGCAAAGAAUCAACCAAUAAGUAUUUAUUUUAAGACAAAUCUAUGUUCUUCCUCAUGCACA